AUGACAUCUAAUUCACCAAAAGAUUUUGUAGAAAAUUUAAAAGGUCAUACAGUAAUAGUUAGGUUAAAUAAUGGUACAGAUUACAAAGGAAUUUUAGCCUGCUUAGAUGAACGUAUGAAUGUUGCACUGGAACAAACAGAAGAAUAUUUUGAAGGAGAAUUAAUUGAAAAAUAUAAUGAUGCUUUUAUUAGAGGUAAUAAUGUAUUUUAUAUAAGAGCAAUUGAAGAUGAAUAG